AUGGCAGAAGUCGCUCCCGCUCCAGCCGCCGCGCCGGCUAAAGCUCCCAAGAAGAAAAGCGCCGCCCGGCCCAAGAAAGUCGGCCCCAGCGUCGGCGAGCUUAUCGUCAAGGCUGUUUCGCAGUCCAAGGAGAGGAGCGGCGUGUCUCUCGCCGCCCUCAAGAAAGCCCUGGCUGCCGGCGGCUACGACGUGGACAAGAACAACUCCCGCGUCAAGCUCGCCGUCAAGAGUCUCGUGACGAAGGGCACUCUGGUGCAGACCAAAGGCACCGGCGCGUCGGGCUCCUUCAAGCUCAACAAGAAACAAGCCGAGGCCAAAAAGAAGCCGGCGAAGAAAGCAGCGGCCAAACCCAAGAAGGCGGCCGCCAAAAAGCCCGCCGCGGCCAAGAAGCCCAAGAAGGUAGCGGCGAAGAAGCCCGCGGCCGCCAAGAAAUCGCCCAAAAAAGCCAAGAAGGUAGCGGCGAAGAAGCCAGCGGCCGCCAAGAAAGUCGCCAAGUCUCCCAAGAAAGCCAAGAAGCCGGCGGCCCCGAAGAAGGCGGCCAAGAGCCCGAAGAAAACAAAGGCCGUCAAGCCCAAAGCAGCGAAGCCCAAGGCGGCGAAAAAGGCCGCACCCAAAAAGAAGUAAACGUGCCGUUCACCUUCAUGUCCUGUUUCUCUUAUUGAAAAAACGGCUCUUUUAAGAGCCACCCACAUUUUCCUCUCAGAGUUAGAUUCUCCUUCGUGCUGCACUUAAAAACUAGUCACUACUAGUCAGUAGUGAUUUUAUUGGAAA